GUAAUGGCAUGAGUACUGCUUUUUACUGUUUAGACAAGCUUUCCAGUGCGCGCGUUGGAAACUAUCAUUCGACACUUUCUGCGUUCACCUCAGUCCCUAAUUAGCCCAUCAGGCACCGUGAGGCGAGGCGGAAGACUGUCGGACAAACUGUCAACUUAGUCAAAGCGACUAAAGUCCCCAAACUCCCAGGCUGAAGAGGCUACAAACGACUCAUCCGUUCUGGCUGUUUCAAGGAAGGAUACGCUGCUGGACAUGUGAAUUUAAAGGAGAUACUUGCCCAGCAGAACCAUGAAACCAACAACUGCCCUGUGUUGCUUCGGCUUUCUCCUCACUUGCCUCUUGUUCGGGUCGAGCUCUUCACAAUCAGUAUGUGCUGGUACAGAGAACAAGCUGAGCACCCUGUCGGACCUGGAGCAGCAGUACCGCACCCUGAGGAAAUACUACGAGAACUGUGAAGUCGUAAUGGGCAACCUUGAGAUCACAAGCAUCGACCGCAGCCGGGAUCUCACCUUCCUCAGAUCUAUCCGAGAAGUGACAGGCUAUGUGUUAGUGGCCCUGAACCAGUUUGACUACCUGCCGUUGGAGAACUUGAGGAUCAUCCGAGGGAACAAACUGUAUGAGGACCGCUACUCCCUCGCAAUCUUCCUCAACUACAGACGUGAUGGAAACUUCGGAUUACGCCAGUUGGGUCUGAAGAACCUCACAGAGAUCCUGAGUGGAGGCGUGUAUGUUGACAAGAACAAGUUCCUGUGUCAUGCGGACACAAUCCAUUGGCAGGACAUUGUAAAAAACCCUCGGAUACAUGCUGUGGUGGUGCCCACCAACAGUAGUGUCUCGUGUCAAAAGUGCAAUCGUUCCUGUAAUGGUCGUUGCUGGGGACCCAAGGAGGAUCAGUGUCAGAGCUUAACUAAGACAGUGUGUGCUGAGCAGUGUGAUGGUCGUUGCUUCGGUCCCUAUGUUAGUGACUGCUGCCAUCGUGAGUGUGCGGGGGGCUGCUAUGGACCAAAAUACACAGACUGCUUUGCAUGCACCAACUUCAAUGACAGUGGGGCGUGUGUGACCCAGUGCCCCCAGCCCUUUGUCUACAACCCCACCACCUUCCAGCUGGAAUACAGCUCCAGAGCAAAGUACACCUACGGAGCCUUCUGUGUCAAGAAGUGUCCUCAUAACUUUGUGGUGGACCAAAGCUCCUGUGUGAGAGCGUGCCCCAGUAACAAGAUGGAGGUGGAGGAUAACCGCAUUAAGAUAUGCAUUCCUUGUACCGACAUCUGCCCGAAAGCAUGUGAUGGCAUUGGUACAGCCAGUCUACAGACGGCUCAAACAGUCGACUCCAGCAACAUCGACCAGUUUGUGAACUGCACCAAAAUCAACGGCAACCUGGUGUUCCUCAUCACUGGGAUCAAAGGGGAUGUGUAUCACAACAUUGAAGCUUUGGACCCAGAAAAACUAAAUGUAUUCCGCACCGUACGGGAGAUCACCGGCUAUCUCAACAUCCAGUCUUGGCCUGACAACAUGACAGACCUGAGUGUCUUCUCCAACCUGGCAACUAUUGGGGGAAGAGCGCUAUACAGUGGGAUCUCCCUGCUGGUGUUGAAGCAGCAGGGCAUCACGUCUCUGCAGCUGCAGUCCCUGAGAGAGAUCAGCGCUGGGAAUGUCCACAUCGCAGAGAACAGCCAGCUUUGCUACUCCAGCACCGUCAACUGGACCAGACUGUUCCGUGCUGAAAACCAGAAGGUUCUGAUCCGCAACAACCAAAGCCCACAGAAGUGCUCUAAGGAGCGCAUGGUGUGUAACCUGCUGUGUUCUGACGCCGGCUGUUGGGGUCCUGGCCCAGAUCAGUGCCUCGCCUGCAGAUUCUUCAGCCGUGGGCGAACCUGUGUGAAAAACUGCAACCUUUAUGAAGGGGAUAUCCGAGAGUAUGCCAACGGGUCAGUGUGUGUGGAGUGUGACGCCCAGUGUGAGCAAGCUGACGAUGACUCUUUGACCUGCAACGGUCCGGGCCCAGAGCAUUGCGUGAAAUGCAUCCAUUUCAAAGAUGGUCCUAAUUGUGUGGAAAAGUGUCCUGAUGGCCUGCAAGGUGCCAACAGCUUCAUCUUCAAGUACGCAGAAGACAACAAUGAAUGCCAUCCCUGCCAUUCCAACUGCACCCAAGGGUGCAUUGGACCACGACUGCAAGACUGCAUUGGCUGGAUGGACAGAACCCCUCUGAUCGCAGCAGGGGUGAUUGGCGGCCUCUUCUUGGUGGUGAUCAUGGGGCUGAGCGUAGCCGUGUCUGUUCGACGGAAGAACAUUAAGAAGAAGAGAGCGCUUCGUCGCUUCCUGGAGACAGAGCUGGUGGAGCCUCUAACACCCAGUGGAACAGCGCCAAACCAAGCUCAGCUUCGCAUCCUGAAAGAGACCGAACUCAAAAGGGUCAAGAUCCUCGGCUCUGGGGCCUUUGGGACUGUUUACAAGGGUAUUUGGGUCCCAGAGGGUGAAACGGUGAAGAUUCCUGUAGCCAUUAAAAUCUUAAGUGAGGCCACAGGACCCAAGGCUAACGUGGAGUUCAUGGACGAGGCCCUCAUCAUGGCAAGCAUGGAGCACCCCCACCUGGUCCGCCUGCUGGGCGUCUGCCUGAGUCCCACCAUCCAGCUGGUCACACAACUGAUGCCUCAUGGGUGCCUGCUCGACUACGUCCAUGAGCACAAGGACAACAUCGGAUCACAGCUGCUGCUCAAUUGGUGUGUCCAGAUUGCCAAGGUAAGGAUGGAGGAGCGUAGGUUGGUCCACAGGGAUCUGGCAGCCCGGACGAUCUUGGUCAAAUCUAUCUAUCUCCCAAACCACAUCCAAAAAUCACCGGACUUUGGCCUGGCUCGCCUCCAUGGAUUAAUGGAGAAGGAAUAUAACGCCGAUGGAGGAAAGAUGCCCAUCAAAUGGAUGGCCCUGGAGUGUAUCCAUUACAGGAAGUUUACUCAUCAGAGUGACGUUUGGAGUUACGGGGUGACCAUCUGGGAGGUGAUGACCUUUGGAGGGAAGCCAUACGAUGGGAUUUCCAUCAGAGAAAUCCCAGACCUACUCGAGAAAGGAGAGCGUCUUCCUCAGCCGCCUAUCUCCACCAUCGACGUCUACAUGGUCAUGGUCAAAUGUUGGAUGAUUGAUGCAGACAGUCGGCCCAAGUUCAAGGAGCUGGCUGCAGAGUUCACUCGGAUGGCUCGUGAUCCCCAAAGAUACCUGGUCAUUCAGGAUGACGACCGAAUGAAGCUGCCCAGCCCAAACGACAGCAAGUUCUUCCAGAGCCUCCUGGACGAGGAGGAGCUGGAGGACCUGAUGGACGCUGAGGAGUACCUGGUGCCGCACUCCUACAACAUACCACCUCUGGCAUACACUCCCCGAGCACACAUGGACUCUAACAAGAACCAGUAUGGCUACCAGGACCCCAGCUACAGCAUGGAGGACAUUAUGGCCACCCUCCCCAGAGUGGUCUCUGUUCCUCCUGUCUCUGGGGUCUGCCUCCCACCACAGGACCAGUCGUUAGGGGGGCAGAUUGGUGUUGGAUUCGGCCGCGGUAACCUGGACGACCCUCGCUGCAAUGGAACCCUGAGGAAGCAGGUCUCCCCGAGGUCAGGCAACCUCGUGCCGGGCUCAGCGCUCACUGCUGGACAAGGUGGAGGGGAGGACAGUAGUGGACAGCGUUACAGUGCCGAUCCCACCGGUCUUUUAGUAGAGCGAGGAGUAAAAGGAGACAAGGACCAGGAAGGCUACAUGACUGCCAUGAGAGACAAGAAUAACUCAGACUAUCUCAACCCAGUAGAGGAAAACCCCUUCGUCACCCGCCGUAGGAAUGGUGACGCCCAUGCAGUGAUUGAUGGAGCCGGCUGCCACACCCUGCACAUGGCUGGGGCUGCUGCUUCCGCCAAGAGCCAGUCCACUCACGGGGACGAUGAGUAUAUCAACGAGCCACUGUACCUGAAUACCUUCCUCAACCGGGACAAGAACGGAUUGGCUGGCGCAGUGUCCAUUCCUGGCCCAGGGUCCUCUGCUGCUCAAUCAAUAUCGCAGACGGUCAACCCAUCAACGUCAAGCCACGUGGUCUCCUCCUCUGGAUAUGUGAUUCCCCCUGGCCACCUCCCCCACCAAUCGUAUCCAUCACACACCCUGCACCCGGGCCAUUCAGGACACGCUCUGCACUCAGGCAUCACCAGCGGCACCAUAAUGUUUGAUAAGAAAGGCAAGAAGGCCACUUUUGACAAUCCUGAAUACUGGCAGCACAGUCUACCCCCGAAGUCCUCACUGCACAACCCUGAGUACCUGCAGGACUGCAGCACGCGCUUCUUCUACCGGCAGAAUGGACGCAUUCGCCCCGCUGUGGCCGAAAACCAGGAAUACUUGUCCGAGGCUGCUAUGAAAGCCGGCAAUGUGUUGCCACCCCCUCCAUACAGGCAGAGGAACACUGUAGUGUAGUGACCCUCCUGGCACAAUGACGGAUGAAUAGAGGGAAGGGAGGGGGAUAAAUAAACAGUCCUCUUGUUUCCAUGCAGUACUUUUCAGCCUGGGUUCCCCUUGCACCCUUCCUGGACACAUCUCCCUGUUAUAUUGAACUGCAAGUCUUUUAGUUUCACUCUCAAGUCCUGCCUUGUCUUGACAGGACUACAAUAACAGUCACUGACAGCCUCACUUGACUUUUUUAGCUCUAUCCAUGAAAGCAAGUAGACACGUUUUCAAUGUUGGUUCCAUUGUGGAGCACACUGUCCUGCCAUCCCAAGUAUCAGAGAGGCACAAUAACAACACAAUGAAAUAAUUGAAAUGUUUAAUCAGAAAAAAAGGAGACAUGAACUGAGGUUAGCCCAAAGAGAGAAUUAUUGCCAUGACCUUUCAUGCUUUUCUUUGUACACCCAUUAAUUACAGUUCACCAUGUGUUUCUUUAGCACAUAUUUCACCUAUAAUGAUGCACACGUUGCUAUUGUGUGCAAUCUCUACAAUGACACACGCACAUGGCAUUGUGUCGUGACUCACCAGCAAACCCUCAGUCAAGCAGAAGAGCCCAGAUGUCCACAUGCUUCUCUGAGUUUUACAUGUUGCUGCACCAGUAAUGGAAUUCAAACAUUUAUCACACACAGCUCAUAUCAUACCUAAAACAUGUUAACAUGCCUGGAGCCUUGACACACCAAUAAUAUCCAUACAUGAAUUCAUAUUAUAUACAUGCAUACUGACAGAUAAGCCCGAUGGCACUGGAAAUAUAUUCUGGAGGAGAAGCUCAAUUGACCUUGUGCUGGAACACAGAGUUUGCCAAUAAUGGCAGUCAGUGUUGCAGUGCAGGGAAAAGGGUGAACAGGAAAGUAAAUGUCACCACAGUUUUAUGAAAAACUGAUAUCAACCAAGUACCUGGUGGAAAGCAUUCUGCAGAUUAUUGGCAUAGCUAGGUUGGGAUUUAUAAGGUUGUUCACUCCGAAGACGACGCUGAACUUCCCACGUCACUCUUGUCCCCCUUUCAUCCACAACCAGCACACCAUCCACUCCUUCAUAAGAUCAUUGUAAGCACCAUUGUGACUGAUGAUACCAAUGGUGUAUGCAGUGUCAUGGUAUGGACAUAUAUUUCAACAGAGAAAGGAGUGUGACGAUGGUGAAUAUAAACGAAAAAUAAUACGCUUUUAGAAUCGAGAUCAGAGAUUAUUUUCAGUUUUUUUUCUUUUGCAUCAGGGAUCUGUUUACUUUGUCACUUUUUCUUACACUAACGCAAUGAGCACAGACACCAAGCCACAAAUGAGCAACGUAGUUCUGGCAAUGAGGCUCUCCCUGCAGGGCUGUAAAUAAGACAAUUACAUGUCAUUACAAGACUAAUCAAAUCCUGGAAAAAAGCUCUGUGGACCGAGCUGAGACAUCAAAUUAUGAGGAUAAACUUGUUGGGGGGGGACCUCUGUGUGUUCAUACUAUUGUUUGUCAGAAAAACUGAAAAUUAACUUUGAACAAGUAGUCACGACUACCUUGCUCUGUCUCUCAGCGCUUGGAAGUGGAACAGGGAGAGAGAGAGGCUGUUGAAAUGGACACUAUGAGAAACUGGGAAAUCUUAUUUUCUAUUGUUAUUUGACAUUUUUUGUGAGAUAUUAUAAGUUAUCACUGAAUCCACUGAUAACUAGCUUUCUGUACUCAUUCAGUACUGCCGGAUGCCACAGUUAACUCUGAUGGAGACCACUAGCAUCUGUUGUCAAAUGACUUUGAAGCCUAACUUAGACUGGGGUUGAUAAUUAAAUAGCACUUAGUGCUCUGACGCAGCCAAAUGACUUUGCUGUUAUUAUCACUCUAAGUGGCAAUUCAUCUUUUUUUUGCACUCACAAUUUAAAGUGAGAUGCUCGCACCUCAGACUUUGUUUCAUCAGGAAUAUUUCCUACAAAGGAGCAUACCCACUCUUAUUAAUGAUAUGAUAGUAAUGCAUUGGGGUUGGGAGAUACAGUAUCAACGAUGUAUAGCAAAUGUGUCAAUUGUCCCUACAAUGUAUACCCAAGUAGCUACUCUUUUGAUAUUUCUUGUUUUAUAAUACAUACUUAAUUUUGGUAAUUGUAUUUCUGCAUCAAUGUCACAAAAGCCCUGAUUUUCUUGUUAUAUAAUAAUUCACUAAAUUAAAGGGGUACUCUAGCGAUUUGGCAUUGCGCUUCCAUAAAGUAUAGGAAAUCACAUGAGACAGUCUAAAAAAUGAAGUCAUUUUACCUCCUAACUUCAGUUUCUAAUGCAGGCUUUUUGUUAAAAGGUCUUAUGCCCAAGCAGAUAUUAACCUGAUGAAAUCAUUGUUGAUAUCACCUGGCUUAAUUGUUUUCAAUUUUAGAAAGUUCCCUCAAAAGCUGCAUAAGAAAUUGUUCUCCGGUUUUCUUUCAUAAGAACAGAUCAUGAUUGGUAAAUUAAACUUAACGUGUGCAAUUGUUGGUGUGUACCAAAAACCAAUAUUUCCAUCUAUAAACAGUUUCUCAAUUGAAUGCACAGAACAUAUUUGUAAUAAUAAUAUUGAUCUACACAUGCCCUUAUUUCAGAUUGUAUUCAUACCGCCCACCCUGAGUAUUAGGUGAUAAUGUCAUGUAUUUGGAGACCGAUUAAUGCCUGUGUAUGUGUCACUGCUGGCAUACCAAUACACAACCACUGUUACACAACCUUGUGCCUCUAUAUUGAAAAUAGCAGGCAGAGGGAAGGUUCAGUUCAGCAGUGUUGAUGACUUCAUGUCCAAAACACAGAUGUCACCCUGGCACAGUGUUUCUCCCCCUUUCUCAGGUUUUAUGGGGAACAAUAAUCAUUCAGUUGAGCUCCAGCUGAGACACAAGUUGCCACAUUAAAAUGGGACAUCAAACUUAUUGAAGAAAACAUAUAAUGGAAGAUAGAUUAGCACCCUGAUACCACAGUAAACACACUGCUGAAAUGUGCAAAUGGGAAUUUUAUAGGUGUGAGGAGAUGGUUCUUGAAGUCAGCUCGCUGUUAAUUAUCAUUGACAUUGCUCUGUUGCUAACUUGAUUAAGCUGUGUCCAUUUGCUCUGAUGAUUUCAUUUAUGUAUACUGUCUUUGUGUAAAUGUCUGUCAGCGUCCUCUCUAUGUGUUUAGAUUGCUAAGGUCAGUAAAUGUGUCGUUUAUUUUUACCAUCACCCAUUAGGUAUAAGUUGCAGUGCUUGUAGACUACUUUUGGGCCGUUUGUUUAAGUGCAAUGACAGCAGUGGAUAGUCACCCAAAGGCAUCGUAAUGGAUCUCUAUGGAAAAAUAAAGCCAAUCUUGUGAAGGAGAAAACCUGCUGGUGCUCUCAGUAUCGGAGCAUCACAAGGGGAUUUUAGCUUUUUGAAUGCUAAUUCAUCCACUUUCCCUUUUUGUUCUUUUGGGAAAUCAUGUAACCCGACAUCUCACCCAGUGCACCAGCUGAGAAACCGUGAACGACAGGCAAUAGGUUGUAAUCCUGCAGUGGGGCUAAAACUAAGGUAUUAGCAUUCUAGAAAUGUUACCAGACCAAUGCAUCAAUGUUACAAAAGCUAGCAGGAGAGAAGGUGCAAGUGCACUGUAACUGGCAGAGGAGACCAGAGUAGAUUGCCAUCCUUUCUUUUUUUCCUCAGAGGUGACUGUGAAUUGUAUGUAGCAAACAUUGUUCAGCUGUACAGAAGUGGAACCGAAAAGCAGCUAUGUGUGGAGUGAACACGAACAAAGACAAAUGAUUUUGGUCAAAUGUUAACAGGAGUCAUAGUUUCAUGUGAAAACAUAUUAUAUUCUGUGUCAAGGUAUAGAAAGUCUCACAGGCACAGUAGUUAUUUAAAGGAGCACAAUAACUCCCUUUCAUGACUAAGUAAACUGGCCUUAUAGUAACAGCUAUCAUUUUUUAUUCUGCAUCCACUUUUGUUUUGGGUUUAAAUAUAUUUCAAAGAAAUGUUGAUAUUAGUAUUGUAAAUGGUGUUGUUUAAACUCUUGUGUUUGCUAUUCAGGGGAUCACAUUGUCACAGCAGAUGUUUUAUUUUUAAUAUGCAGUUUGAAGGUUUCAUUAUCUCAAGUCUGUCAUGUUCUCUACUUAGCGUUGAAGCCAUUCUAUGUCCCAAGUCAGGGGCUCUGUGUGCCAUCCACUGUCUGAAGUUCAGGCUGAACCUACAGUAGUUUAAAACUGACCAAAACUAAUGGCUGUCCAGGUGCAUAUUGUCAUCUUAACAACUUAUUUAUUCUGCAAGUUUUAUCAAAAAGCUGCCCUCAGAAGACCUAUUCUCUUUGUUCACACCCUAAAAUAGAUUGUUCAAUGGUUUAGUAAAUGUGAGUUGAUGUUGAAGACCUCAAAUUAUACACCAGGUGUGUCCUUCACGAAAAGGGAUGCCUGACGGACCUUGUUGGACCACCAAGACAGAUCCAGCCAAAAAAUAGGCACUAAAGAGGGUCCAGCCCCUGAACUGGAACACAGCCAUUGUGUUUAUAGAGUGUGCUCUCUUUUACUUUUUGUAAGCUUUGUAUUUACAUCGAGAAGACUUGUAUUCAAAGCAUUGGUUAUAUCUAUCCACCUGUGGUCUAAAUGCUCCUACUGUAUUGGAUCAACCCAUGUUACAUUUCAGAUAACUUCAAUAUAAAAUCCUAAUUAAUAGCUUUGGUCAAUGCAUCAUAAAAAAAAAAAGGUUUUUAAAGGGAAACUAUAAUGCAGCUCACAAACACAUAAUACUAACAUCUUUAAAGAAUCAAACUGUGUAUGGCUGUCAUACUUCAUAUUUUACACUGAAUCAUAUGCAUAUAUUCUACCUUACCAUGAUAACUGGGGUAGAUGGCAGCGGUUGAGAAAGCACAGUUUACAAUGUCUUGAAUUGAUGUUAAAAGUGUAAAAUGGAAAUAAUAAUUGUCUUUUAACCAAAUGAUAAAGACAUUCAGAUAAUGGGUCACCGGACAGUUCUACCAUUGUUAGACAAAUAAAAAAAAUAAAAAGUGGAUAGUAUUUUUAUAUGUAGGUAAAGGGUGGCCAGGUGCAUCUGUAAAUAAGACAAUGAUGCUUCUUUUCCAGAUUUCUUUUUUUUUUCCUUGCAUCAUUUGAUUUUUGGUGGUCUACUGUACCUUUUGAUUUGGGGAAUAUCUUUUCUGUAUGUAUAUAAAUAUAUAUAUACAGUAAAUAUAUAGAUAUAUAUAUUCUGUAAAUGUAAUUUGAAGAGUGAACUCUGAUUUAAAAAAACGCUUGCAGGGUCUUUUGUCACGCCCACCUCAUCGAUUCCCCUGUGAUAUUGUGACUGUGUUUCUUAGCACAACUUGGUGGAUUUUGUGUUUCAACCUCUGCUCCUGCUCACUUUGUAGGAGUAAAAUACUAGGUGUAUUAUAACUCCACUUCCCUCCAUGCUUCUCUCAGUAUUAUACACAUCUUGAGAUUUUUUUUUGAUUUUGUACACUCUUACGAUGCUGUUGCAAUACUAAUGAAUAUUCCCCAUUUCACCCACUUUUCUCUCAGCCUUUCCUAAACAAUGUUAUUAAUCCACCAGUGUCACUUUACACCUCGUGUUUUAAGGACCUAUACUAUGUUUCCUUGAGUAGUUUCAUUUUCCAUUUGCACUGAGCUCAGUCAUUGUUUACUUUAAGAUUAUAUUAAGCUCUUCAUCCAUGUGGGGCAAUACUGAUCGAAUGGUGUAGCAAUAUCAUGUUACAGUCAACAAAAGUAAUUUAAUGAUGUAUGAGAGGCUAAAUGGGCAGUUUGCAUGGGAUGGACUGAUCAUUUAAAUUACUGAUCAAUGACUUUGCUUGUACAGAAGUUAGUACGUCAACUAUUUUCGACUUCAUUCGGACUUGAAAUGUUCACUAUUUUUCAGAAGUCACAGUUUAACUAGAAGUGAAUACAUCUUUUUCACAGGAUCUUUAAAGGACUUUGGGAUAGAGUUUGCCAAAUUGUCAUCUGAUUUUAUAUCUGAUGUGAGGACUGGCGCCAAGAUCAUCAUGUUGAACCUGUUUCUUUGUGGCUCGUGAUCAAGCAGUGCAUCAUAAUACUAAUGUCAAGUGUUGCUGAUGCUCAGAUGCUGAGGCUAAAUGGUUGGUUAAAGUUACUAUGUAAACCUGUCUGGAAUAACGUUAUUACAGGAAAACUGUAUGAAUCCACAAUUUUACAAUUUAAUGAUGUGGUAAGUUCUAAUUGAUAUUUCAAUUGCAGAAGAAACAUACUUGUGUUUUUUCUAAAAAGCUGAACAUGCUAGAGACUUUACCAGUAAGUCUAAAGACAUUUACUGCAAUGUUGUUUGAAUUAGACAGGAUUUCUGCCAGCAUCAUCUUUGGAUUACAUACAAUUUGUCAUACAUCUUAUUUGAUAUAUCACCUACAGGUUGCUAGGCCUGAAUUACACUUACUAUUGAAUAGUGUUAAGGCACUUGCACCGAUUAUUUUUGUGGCAGUCUUGACAAUAUCCAGCAUUUAAAAAUACAUUUAGUAAGAUGAUCAGUUUGGCAAGCGUCACAAAAGUCCAUGUGUUUGUUCAAAAGUACAUUUUGAAGAAAGAAUAUUCAAUUGUAAAAACGUUCAUGAAUUAUCAUUGCUUUUUAUCAACUCAUCAGAAUGAUUGAGAAAUAAGUUUUAUAGAACAUACCUUGUCACAUAUUACCAGUUUAAACGAUUUUCUUCACUGGUUAAUUGACACAUUUCCCAAGCUAGAACAUUGAAAUAUGUAUUCCCUCUGUUUUGUUACAUGAAUCUGUCAAAACUAUAUUUUUAAUUCAAUAUGAAUAAAGAUCAGUCAAUAUUUAAA